UAAGCUACUGGCCGCGCGAAGAUCGGUAACAAAUGGCGAACAAUUACGCAGCUGUGCUCUAUGGUCCCAGUGACUUAAGAAUCGAAAAAUUGCCAAUGCCCGAGAUAAACGACAAUGAAGUUUUGAUAAAGAUCGACUGCUGCGGAAUCUGCGGUUCGGACUUGAAGAUUUAUUCGACGGGGAAAUGCGGGCUCGUCAAUCUCACCGAACCAGUUAUACUCGGCCACGAAGGGGCAGGUGUUGUGGUUAAGAUGGGAAGCAAGGUGGCGGGCCUGGCAGUCGGCGACCGGGUGGCUAUCGAGCCGACGCAGCCGUGUCGCAGCUGCGAGCUCUGCCGCUGCGGCCGCUACAACCUGUGCUACGACCCAAAUUACUGCUCAACGCCUGGCUCACCCGGGAACCUCUGCCAGUACUACAAACACGUCGCUGACUACUGCCACAAAAUACCAGAUAAUUUGAGCAUGGAAGAAGGCGCUGCCGUCCAGCCCUUGGCGAUCGCCAUCCACGCCUGCAACCGAGCAGGCGUCAAGAUCGGAAGCACCUUAGUGGUUCUAGGCGCCGGCCCUAUUGGCGUGCUAUGCGCAAUGACCGCACGCGCUAUGGGUGCCACUAAGAUUCUUCUCACAGAUGUAGUUGAAUCGCGUCUCAAAACCGCUAAGAAGUUAGGCGCGGAUCACACGUUGCUUGUUAAGAAGGAAUACAGCGACGAGGAGGUCGUGGCCAGGAUCACAGACACGCUGGGAACCGCGCCUGACAUUACUGUGGACGCAUGCGGCUUUGCGUCCGCCCAGAGAGUAGCCAUGAUGGUGACGCGCUCGGGCGGCACUGUGCUGGUGGUGGGCAUCGGCGCCGAGAGCGUACAGGUGCCGCUGACGGGCGCGCUGCUACGCGAGGUGGACGUCCGCGGCGCGUACCGCCUCCUCAACUCAUACCCCCAAGCACUGGCUGCAGUUUCCAGUGGGGCCAUAGAUCUGAAGUCUUUCAUCACCCAUCACUUCCCACUACAGAAGUCCAAGGAAGCCAUGGAGUUCGCCAAAACCGGCGAGCCUAUGAAGAUUAUCAUACACAUGUAACUGCCGUACACGUCACAUAACGAAAUAUACGUUGCAUAAGCAAGUCAAAUUUCCUCCGCAAGUCAAAUUCUUAUAAUCAUCCUGUAGAAAGGACAAACGGCGAAAUCUUAGUCUGGACAAAUAUACAGAAAAACAGAUGUUUAAGUGAUGGUAUCAAAUGUGGAGUCCAAAUGGACCUGGGACCUGGGUCACCUGGCCCGUUAGUCCGCUAUUACAAUAUGUCAGUGGUCGAUCAAUAAAAACAUAUUAAUAUAAAAAAAAAACUUUUAUUUUAAACAAUGAAGUGAAGGAAAAAAGCGUGAUCACCCUGAUCGCAAACACUAUUUUUUAAUUAGUUA